CUUGACAUUAUAUUUUGUACUUCUAGUUCAAGAAUUUGAACUUUACAGAUACUGUGUUAAUCUCUAUUGUAAGGUACCACCUUCUCCUCUGACACUUAAUGGAAGCCAUGCAAUGAAGGAGUUAAACUCAAGUUGGAAAAAGGUCACAUCAUCUCCUAAUGUAGUAUAGUAAACUGCAGCAGUAGUAAUAACUCUUCUGCAUGGACCCAGGGAGAGACACGUCCCUUUAUAUUUCUGACUCAUUUGUGAGUCCAGACCUCAGCAAUCCUUUUGAGGAUCCAUCAGUUACACAGGUGACAAGAAAUAUGCCACCAGGCCUUGAUGAAUAUAAUCCGUUUUCUGAUUCUAGAACGGCACCACCAGGAAAUGUGAAAAUGCCUAAUGUACCUAGUACGCAACCAGCGAUAAUGAAGCCAACAGAAGAACCCUCAGCUUAUACACAAAUUGCAAAGGAACAUGCAUUGGCCCAAGCUGAACUGCUUAAGCGCCAGGAAGAGUUAGAACGAAAAGCAGCAGAGUUAGAUCGCCGGGAAAGAGAAAUGCAGAGCCUCAAUCAGCAUGGUGGCAGAAAAAAUAAUUGGCCACCUCUUCCUGGUAAUUUUCCAGUGGGACCAUGUUUCUAUCAGGAUUUUUCUGUAGACAUCCCUGUAGAAUUUCAGAAGACAGUAAAGAUUAUGUACUACUUGUGGAUGUUCCAUGCUGUAACACUGUUCCUAAAUAUCUUUGGAUGCCUUGCUUGGUUUUGUGUUGAGCCUGGUAGAGGGGUUGAUUUCGGACUGAGUAUCCUGUGGUUCAUGCUUUUUACUCCUUGUUCAUUUGUCUGUUGGUACAGACCACUUUAUGGAGCUUUCAGGAGUGAUAGUUCCUUCAGAUUCUUUGUAUUCUUCUUUGUGUAUAUUUGUCAGUUUGCUGUACAUGUACUUCAGGCUGCUGGAUUUCAGAGCUGGGGCAAUUGUGGUUGGAUUUCAUCCUUAACUGGCCUCAACAAAAGUAUUCCUGUUGGAAUCAUGAUGAUGGUCAUAGCAGCACUUUUCACAGCAUCUGCAGUCAUCUCUCUAGUUAUGUUUAAAAAGGUGCAUGGACUAUACCGUACAACAGGUGCUAGUUUUGAGAAGGCGCAGCAAGAAUUUGCAACAGGCGUGAUGUCUAAUAAAACCGUACAGACAGCAGCCGCCAACGCAGCUUCAACAGCAGCAACGACUGCAGCCCAGAGUGCGUUCAAGGGUAACCAGAUGUAGAGCAGUCUCCAGACAACAGCGCCCUCUGACCUUUUGACUCUACUUUUUCUCAAGUUACUGUAUUAUUCUAUGAAGAUUUUUAUGUUCGAAAUACACACUAUCUACAGCAUGUAUGUUUCCUGUUCACCUGUGCAUGGGCAAAGACCAGGAGAAGUUCUUUGUUUAAUCUUUAAUGGUUUUUUUUCUUUGAACGAUAUUUCAGUGCUCCUUGCAAAGAAAAAGAUUAUAUUGUAUGCUAAAUAAAUAUUCUCCAUAUUUUCUGGGGGAUGAAUGUUUCAAUGACUUAUUUCAGUGAUGGAACACUGAAAUUAAUAUGGUACUUCAUUAUGAUUAAAAAUACAUUUCGGGUUUAGCUGCAGUAAUUCUUUGGGGAAUCUUUGAGAGAGAUGAGGGACAUUUAGGAGCAAGUGCAUUGAUUCUUCAUUCCCAUCUCCAUGUUUGUACAGAAAGAACUAGGGUACGCUGUGAGUUUGGGAAUUUCAUUUUGGCUUGCUGGUGGGGAAGCUUUAGAAAUUGAUGAUGGGCCUGUGUGCAUUCAAUACAAGCUGAUGUAAAUUUCAUUUUAUUUUUUAUUUUAUUUUUAGAGUACUAGUUCUUUUGAUAUCAACUUGUAAGCUUGCAUGAACACUGUUGAGUUAUUUAAAUUUUAAUAAAUUAGUGUUUUGGUUCAGAAUUCAUCUGUACCAUUUAUGGUUACAGGAUUUGGUGGAGUAUUUUUGCAAUCAUAGAAAUGUUUUAAAUAGAGUGUUAUGCUCAUAAAUAAAAGUUGAUUUGGGGGCUCAGAUAUUCUAACAGUAGAAUAUGCAAUGCAACAUGCAGUUGAGUUAAAAGAUAACCGAUGGAGUAGAAUUAAGUAAUUAUAUGUGCUCUUUUAAAAAAAAAUUUCAGUAUUCAUGUCUUAGAGAAAAUACUAUUAAAGAAAAGAUGCUUUCUUAUUUCUUGACAUACUCUUCUGGUUAGUCUUUUCUACUACUUGGAGUGAAAUUUUGGUUGUAUUUAGGACUUAUGUUUACGUGUCUAAUUUGUGUUUUAACAAUGAAAAUUAUAAUUUUAACAUUGGUACUUAACUUUCUUACCUUUACAAGUCAGGUUGCCCUUGGUCCCCAAAUAGAAAUAUACAGUGUUUUAACUUAUUUUUCUUCUGUUAUUGUCACUGAUAAUGAUUUUUUAAACUGAUGCUUCACACAUACUUGAAUUCCUUUUAUUGCACUUCAGUCUUUGGGGUUUGAGACAAAUCAAGUGAAUUGUUUAAAUUCUGCAAAUAGCAAGACUACUUCCAAGUGGAAGUCAGUAGUAAAAUUAAAACAUUUAAAUAUUCAGCGUAUAUUGAGAAAGGAACUGAAAAUAAAGAUAAGUGUAUUCAUUGUGUAGGUUAUACUACUCACUUGCCUCCAUGCUGCACAGAAGUCUCAUGAUAUAAUACAUUUGGCUUCAUACCUUCCCGAGUCAGCUUUUUAAAAAGUUGUGGAGGUCCUUGAGCAGUUUUUAAGGAGAAAUAAUACAUUUAUAGAGAACAGCAGAGAUUAACCUGAUUUUAAGGAGGUUUAUAUGUAGGGAGCAUAAUGCAAAGCCUUAUUUUUUAAAAAUUCAAGUCAACACCAAUGAGUAAAUACUUUAAAAAGAUCCCCCCCCCCCCUUUCUAUGUUACAAAGUUAAAUAAGAUGCUGGAUAUGCUUAGCGACCUGACUGAUUAUAAGAAUCGUUGUAUAAAUAAUUUGGCCAAGUAAUGUGGAUCCAGUCAAAGGACUUUCUGUUGAAUUCAGUUGGGACUAUGAUGAAUUUGUAUACUUGGAAUACAUUUCUACAUUAUCCGUAGGAAAAUCUAAUUCCUGUUAUAAAGUUCAAAGCUAUUUUUCCAUAAAUAAUUUCCUUCAGUAAUAAUUCCUGCACAACUUACAAAGUAAGCACUGCAAAUGAAAUCUUUCAGAUCAUUUGUUCCUGCUGCUGAGAGGUAUCACGAUAUUUAAUGAUUUCUUUUAUUGUAACAAUUUUACAUUGGUGAAAACAUCGACUACUAAAUGUCACAAGACCAUUUAUUCUUAGUCACCAACUCAUAUUCCAAAUUUAUUUUGGUUUUUCCUUACACCACACAUGAAAGUUUUGUUUCGGGGAGGACAUUUAAAAUUUUUAAAGGAGAUUAGAUCAAUCAUUGUUUCCUUCCAACGGAAAUAUUUUUACAUCCCCUUAAGGGCGAUGUUAAAAAUUAGCAUUACUAGUGUAGUAAAAUCCAUACAUUCAUAAAAUCCAAGGAUCCUUCUUUUGUGUGGGGGAGGGUGGGGAAGUGUUUUGGAAUAGAGUUUGGAUACUCUUGUUACAAAUUUGUGUCAACAAUUGUAUCUGUUUUUAAAAAGCAAAUUUGCAUUGAAAUAAUGGUGUAAUGUCCAUAGUCACGUGUGAAAGGGGCUUUAAAUCAUAACUCCUUAAAGGAAUUACUUUUCUCUGGUCAGUAAUAGAAAAUAUUCAUGUGUUCACUUUGAAAACAGAGGCUGUUUGUUAAAAUGUUUUAUACUUUACCCUAAAAUUUCCAGGUGUUCCAGUCACAGAGCAAUUUUACGACAAUUACACCCAUACAAUUUUUGUUUUCUGGUAAUAAAUUGUGGCUAAUUUAUUUCACAGUAAAGUUUGAACACUGGAAGUCAUGGCUUAGUAGUCUGUAAUUUAGGAUUUGGAUUAUUUAUCUAAGGGAUGUUUGUAUAUUUUGUAAAUGACUAAUAAUGCUUUGCUAUCAUGGUGACUGUCUUGGUUCUAUAUAAAUGCCCUUCUCAUCUGUCCCUCUAAUGUUGCAUGUUUUGAGUAGUUUGAAAGUUUUGUAUAUUUAUUGUAUUAACAGAGUGUCAUAAAAUAAAAUACUGUUUACUGGAUGUUUGCUCUGUAUAGUUUUAAAGGAUAUAUUAAAAUGUUAAAGACAAGAAUUACACAGGAGGUCUGACUGUACAGAGAAUUCCACAUUUGAAGUUUUAAAAUUUAUAUAUAAUUUUAAUAAUCUUUUGAAACAAGUAACAUAUCAGACCCACUUAGAAUCCGACUAUACACAGUAUUUUAAAGAAGUGUUCAAAAACAUUCAGCAGAUAAAUUUUUGUCUUAUGUUGGACUCAAAAAGCAGUAGGGUAUGGAUUCAUCUGUACUCAAUCUACCUUUAAGUAUUAAACACAGAUGUCCUGUCUAAAAAUGAACUAGAUUUAAUGUGUCUUGUCUAAAAUUUAAACUAGAUUUGUUUACUUUUUUUUAUUCAGUUGACACUUCGAUAUCAGUAUUUUUUUAUUACUUUUGUUACAUUUGUGUCCUCUGCCCUCCUCCUUCUCUCCCCUUCUCCAGCGUCAUUGCUGAAUACUUUUUUAUGUGCAGACAUAGAGAACAAAUGCUGCUGUGUAUUGCUGGAUUCUCCAUGUCCUUAUCUAAAGAUUUUUUUGCCAAAAUAUAAUUUGAAAGGAUGUUCUUGGUACCCUUUACUUUGGGUGACAUAUUCACUUUUAAAACAAACAGUAUUUUCAGUUUGUGAAUGUUACCUUAAAAACUGAGUUUGGAUUUCCACAGCUAAUUUCAUAGGAAAAUGGGUUUCCUAGUUAACAUUAUCUAGUCCACAUUGAAUGAUGUUUGUAUUUUUUAAAAAGUUUUCCUUCAAUUUUUUUAUUUCUACAAAGCUAUAUCUUUGUGAUUUGUGCAGUUUUUAUCUGUUUAUUACUAUGCUUUUCUCUCAAAAUGUUAGCAUCAAUACCAGUUUGUACCCUUUUAUUAGUUAAAAAAUCAACAAUUAUUACUACUGUUCAUUUGCAGAAUUCAUUGACUUAAUCAUUUUUUGUUCCUGUGUAUCAGAAUUGUUAUCAUACUUGUAUACUCAUCUAUUUUCUCCCUUUUGUUUAGUAAAAUUUUUAGAAGUCAUCUGUUGAUUGAAUGUAGUUUGAGCACUCCAGAAGUCAAAUAAAUAUGGUUAACUAAAA